AUGACAAUACCUGAUGUCUUUAUGGAGGCCUGCCUCAAAGCUUGUGGAAUUCAACGUCAUGCUCAAGCAAAGGCUUGCAGUCAGGAAGAUAGCGUCGUAGGAGUUUCGUCGCCAAUAAUUAUGGCGCUGUAUAACAAAGCUGGUGAAAUUCUCGAGAAACUAGAAAAACAGAAGGGAACAAUUAAGAGUUUAUGCCUCGCGGACGAUGUAGCGGAUAAGAAGCGGACCUACGCUCUUGUUUGUGAGUCCCUAAAAUAUAAAGAUGUUUUGGAAAUAGUAAUAAAACAAGCCGGCCUACUAGAGGCAGGAAAGCCGCGGUUGCGGCCCAGCGUAGCCACGGUUCUAGUUUACGAUUUUCUCUUUGGUCGGGGCCUGCAAACCUCGGGAAGCUAUAAGCAAAUAGUUCUCAGCCAUAAAACUCGCCUGCAAGCGGAACUUGCAAAGAUCAAGAUUAAACGGAAAGUCAAGGAUAAUAAGGAUUUAAUACCCGCACGCAUCCGAGACGCAGUCGUAUUACCGCGCUGGAUAAGAGUAAAUACAUUAGUCGCCUCUGUGGAAAAAGUCAUUGAGAUGUUCACCAAAUUGGGAUACCGCGUCGACUCGGAGACGGAACCAUCGCAAUUGUCCGGGAAGGUCUUCCGUCAAGAUAAGCAUAUUCCAGAGCUCGUUAUGCUACCUUCAAACGUAGAUUUGCACGACAAUCCGUUACUCCUAGAUGGAAGCAUUAUCAUCCAGGAUAAAGCAAGUUGUUUUCCUGCCUACAUUUUGAACCCUCCCAAGGACAGCACUGUCAUCGAUGCGUGUGCGGCACCAGGUAAUAAGACUUCGCACUUAUCUGCGAUAAUGGGGAACACUGGGAAAAUAUUCGCUUUCGACAUGGACAAACGGCGCUUAGGCACUCUAAAAAAGAUGACAGGCCGCGCGCGGUGUACCAAUAUCGAACCCAUUCAUGGAAGCUUCUUAGAUAUAGAUGUUAAUGACGAGCGAUACCGCAACGUUGAGUACAUUCUGCUCGAUCCUUCGUGUUCAGGGUCUGGUAUUGUUGGGCGUAUGGAUCAUUUACUCGAUCAGGAUAAAGAGUCUGUGGAGGAUGAGGCAGACCAGGCCGCCUCCGAAACCCGGAUUGCAGCCUUGGCCGAUUUCCAAAAGAAAGCCAUUCUGCAUGCAAUGAAAUUUCCACAUGUCAAGAAGGUUGUGUAUUCUACCUGCUCUAAACAUCGACAAGAGAAUGAGGACGUUGUGCAGCAUGUUUUGACCGCGCAGGAAGACUUUUCUCUGGCUGAUGGCGUCUUUCCGCAAUGGACAAGAAGGGGGCUGCCCUUGUUUAGUGGAGCCGAGAAGGUCAUCCGUACGGAACCAAAGGAAGAUUCGUGCAUUGGAUUUUUUGUGGCGCUGUUUGAACGUCAGACCGAAUUGAUAAAUGAAAAUCAUAAGGUGCAUAUUGGUGGAAAGAGACUGGCGCCGGUUGAGGAUGUCCACAGUGAAGUAAUAGCAACGACGAAGAACGCUAAGAAAAGGCGGAAAAAGAAAUCAAAUGCGUCUACCGAGGCGGCAGCCUGAUGCACACAUUCGUCAUGCAAAUAAUUUAACAUAGCAUUUAAUACAAUAUGGAUUGUUUUCUUGUACUCGGA